ACUCACUUCACCGAAAUUGUUCAUCUCAAACAACAGUUCACUCGGGCAAAAGCAUCCAUAGCGCGCGUUGGCGUUGGUUAUAGAACGUCCAUAUGCAUAAGGACCUGGUCGUUCCCAUUAUCGGAAUUCCAGGAGUAUACAACCCCCUGCUUCGCGCCACAUGUGAAACCUUCUAACAAGUCGUCUCUAUGGUUCUCAUUUCACUCUACCAAGCCCUUAAGUCAGAUUCUUUAUUCUUUUGAACUCAGAGUGCUGGUACAUUCCUUGGCAAAUUGAUAUUCCACCAAUUCGAGAACUCAUUUGAACUUGAACCCUGUUUAGCACGUUCGUAGAUGGCGCCGACACAACACUAUGGUGGAUCGACAUGAUCUUCGUCUUCCCGGAUGUUACUGUAAAAGGCCAAAGUGCGGCUCUUGGUAGACAUGGGUAGGGCUUCGAGUAAGUUAAUAUAAGGAGGGCAAGUGUUCUCUCGACCUGAUUCCAUCUCUCUUGAUUUAUCAGACUAAUCACGAGUCUUCGUUCAUUCUCUUGAAGUUAUCUUCGUCACAUUCAUUCCUCUAAGCUGCUUUCAUACUUGACUUGAAGUCAAUUCACAUUCGUUACUGCAAGUCGGCCUUCACCAGCAGUCUAUAUUCACAUAUCGUAUAUACCUAAAUAACCAAGUUCCAAUAUGCCUUCUGCACUUACGUCUAGCUUAUUGGCUGCCAUUGCCGGUGCCGUUUCUGUUUCUGCCCAUGGUCAUGUUACGACUGUGACUAUCGACGGCAAAUCCUACCAAGGAUUCGAUCCUACCUCUGCACCUUUCGGACCUCAGCCGGACAGUAUUACGUGGAGCAAUGGGGCUAAAGACAACGGCUUCGUGCUCUCAUCGGCGCUUCAAGAUCCCGAUAUCAUCUGUCACUUGGAUGCUACCAAUGCUGCUUUGUCUGCACCUGUCGCCGCCGGUGGCGAGGUCUCACUCACUUGGAACCAAUGGGCAGAGUCUCAUAAAGGACCGGUUAUUGACUACCUGGCAGACUGCGGUGGUGACUGUUCAACUGUCGACAAGACAACUCUCAAGUGGUUCAAGAUAGCCGAGGCAGGCCAGCUCGAGUUGGGUGCCGGCAGUGGCUCAAUCGGCAGGUGGGCUGAUGACGUGUUAAUUCAGGAUAGCCUUACUUGGAAGGUUACCAUUCCCAGCUCACUUAAGUCUGGAAACUACGUUCUUCGUCACGAGCUCAUUGCUCUACACGAGGCUGGCACCGAAGGAAAAGCGCAGAUGUACCCCCAGUGUAUCAACCUCCAGGUCUCUGGGUCCGGUACCCAGUCUCCGGAUGGUGUCGUCGGUACACAGCUCUACACUGCUACCGACCCCGGAAUCUUACACAACAUCUACAAUGACGAAAAGCUUUCGUCGGUUGCUGAUUACAAGAUUCCCGGUCCUACUUUGGUGAAGUUUGAUGGAUCGUCAUCUUCAAACAACGAUAAUGCUUCUUCGCCUUCUGCUCCUGCUCCUGCUCCUACGAGCACAACCACGACUCCUGCUCAACCCACCACCACCACCGUUCCUACUGCUACUUCCCCUAUCGCUAGUAGCACCUCUGCUGCCGUCAACACCCAGCCGGCUGCCAGCUCGCCAGCUACGACGACGCCGAAGAAGACUUGCUCCCGCAAGCGUCAUGCUCGACGCCACGCACGUCAGCUCAAGAACCUAUAAGAAGGGAGAAUAUAGGUAAUACUAGGGGCCAUUUAAGCAGAUGGAAACCGGGGGUUUGAUUCACUGUAUAUAUACUCAUGCUGUAGUGAAAUUACGAGAUCUCGAGAUAGCGUCUUAAUUCAACCGAAAAUGAA